CAGUGUAGCAGCAAAUUCAGUCAGCAACUGUUCUGUCUUUCUUUCUUUCUUUCUUCUGGUGAGAGAUCAGAAUGGUGCAUGCAGGGAGAAGAACAGCUAGGGCACUCUGCCUUCUCUGCCUUGCUCUCCUGCUGCUAGCCCAGGAUGCCCAUUCUUCCAGGAAGCUCCUGCUGCAGGAGAGGCAAGGCCAUGGCCAUGGACACGGCGUCGGGAACGGCACAACCACCACCCAGGAACCAUCCAGAGAGAAAGGAGAAAGUACAGGUGCCAACAAUGAUGGGCAGCUGCAGUUUGAUUCAGCUAAAUGGGAAGAACUCCACACGGAUUAUAUCUACACCCAAGAUGUCAAAAAACCAUAAUUAGCAGUAGUAGCUACCUUCUGCACCAAUCUUUUGUUCGUUUGAAGAGGGGAUUUGCCUGGGAUUUAGCUAAAUGAACCACUUAAAUCCCAAGCAAAUCCCACUCGGCCCAUUUUGUGCAGGAGUGAUCAGUGUUGCACUGUAUAAUUAAUUAGCAAUAUACAGCUAGUAUUAUUUUCGAUAAUAUUUACGGUUUUCCCGGGCCUGUGAGUUCAGUACCGAUAUUGUCAGGAACCCCUGUAAUAUACGAUGGAUUGCAAUCCUCUGAUGUAGUAAUGUCAAAGGGAUGUGG